AUGAAGGCCCCUUCAACCCUACUGCUACGGGCUAUGCUACGUCCACAACAGCCUCUAUGCCAGGUCAGAUGGAAGUCAGAAUGGAUGCCCAGGGAAAAGUACGCGAAAAUCACUACUCUGGACAAGCUGCACCGAAGACAAAAAGCAGCUGUCCGGAAAGAAAGACAGGAUAGCGAAGAUCGCGCUGCGAAAAUGUUUCCGGCCUCCACUCCCUCCGCAACACUCUCACAGACGCAGCAACAAAUCCAACCACAGCAAUCACCUCCUCUUCACCAGACUUCUUUCCUCAGGAGCCAGAUUCAGAACCAUAAUCUUACACCGACCCUCUCCGCGCUUCCGUACUUGAUCACGCGCACACCCUCGAAGAACCUCCCAAUCUACCAGACCACCAAGGCCGGCGGUUCCAAACACAUUACGACGAUCCGCAAGAUCAAGGGUGAUCUGCAGGAGUUGGCGAACGCUGUGCGCACCGCCCUGGGGCUGGAGGAAUACAUGACCGACGUGCGAGGGCGGAGGAAGGCCAAUGUCGUGAUCAAUUGGACGACAAGGCAUGUGGUUGUGAGGGGUUGGAGAGGCCCAGAGAUCAAGCGGUGGGCGGAAGUCAGUGGGUUUUGA